AUGCCCCGUCCAACAGCGUCUCUCAACCUUCAAGUUGUCAAUAUGUAUCUCAACUCUGGUUACUACGUUGCCUUCGCUUUUGUUUCAUUCGCUUUUGCGAUACCUUUGACUGCCGUCAGUGAUAUGGGAUUUCAGCCUCGUUCGGAACCCUCGCGUCCGAAUCCCCAUAUUUUGAUUACAUUCCUGGAACAGACGAAUGACCGAGUCUGUCAGAAGGCUAAAGAGGUGGUCUCAAAUGCAGCACUCGUUUUGCCGGAGCUCAAGGGUUUUGACAUCCUGUGUGGAGAUCAAUCUGGUACACAACGUUCUGCGCCUAAACAUUCUGCCACUGUCUCUUUCAAGUUUACCAUCCCAGGUCAUCCGACCCCAGAGGAUGUGGCCUUCUGUAAGCCGUUCUGCACCGGGACGAUCCAAGUCAAAACAGGUUAUGCCUCCAUAUCGGGUCAAAGGACUACCUAUGGAGGUAAGGAAAUCACGCAGAUGGUCACCAUUGACGAGAUGGGAUUAGAGACUCCUUUACAGUCGCGCUCUUCAGAGACUGCUAGUGCCCCAAAGUCGGGUACUCACAUUAAGGUCGAUUUCUCCAAGAGGGCCUCGGGCGAUAUGACAAAUAAGAAAAUCCAGGGAAAAGUGGAAAAACUGCUCGGUUAUGUGCCGCAUGGCUUGCCAGAGAUGCAGACGCCGCUAACAUUCACACAUGAGCAGGUCGUCGAAUCUGAGUCUCCUCUCGCUAUCUCAGGGUUUCCUCGUAUAACUCCUACCAUAUACUUCAAGUUCACGCCGUCCCCAGCGUUAAAAUUUUGUAGUCCAGAAUGCGAUGGGAGGAUAUGGGUUGAACAUGACGAUGCGUUCGUCGUGGGUCCCAAGGCUGCGCGCGGAAACAUGAAGAUUGAGCGGGUGAUCAAAAUUGUGAAUUUGCGGUGA